AUGGGAAUAAUUAUUAUAUUGUUUCUUCUACCUUUAAGUUUUGCUUACGAUAAAGCGUCAUUCUAUGGGGCUAGUUAUAUUUCGUAUCCACUUCAAGAGGCGAAAGGGGUUACAGAUAUAAACUUCAGAUUCAGGACGCAUUUAUCUGAAGCAUUAUUACUCCUUGCAGCUGGUAAAACAGACUACUGCAUGAUCCGUCUUGAGAGUGGAAGACUAAAGUUACACAUAAAUUUGGGGGCUGGAGAGAGCGAACUGUCUUCUCCAAAAGGCCUUCAUUUGAAUGACACCCAGUGGCAUCACGUCAGCAUAGUAAGAAGAGAAGCAAAUCUUACUCUAAAAGUCGACGACAGUAUAGUGAAGAAGAGACUGCCAGGACGAUUCUUCGAACUGAAUAUACACUUCGGCGUGUUCCUCGGUGGCCAGGGCGACUUCUCCGAACUCUUCCUUGGUCAUAUGGAGAACUUUCGAGGUUGCAUGGAAGAUGUAUUCUACAAUGGCGUCAAAAUAAUAGAGAAAGCCCGUAGUCGUAGCGCUUCAGUGCAUGUCGAAGGCGUUACUUGGAAUUGCGCGCCAGAAUUCGACGCCGAUCUAAACUCCGAUAUCAGCUUCGUUGACGAAGGAGCUUAUAUGAUUUUGCCGAAAAUAAAUUCGAGAGCCGGCGGCAGGUGGCAAAUAGAGUUCAAAACGAUAACGCCCAACGCUGUGAUACUUUAUAAUCCCGGCGGCGGCCGAGGGUCGGACUUCUUGGCUGUGGAAAUAUUAGAAGGGGUUGUUCGUGUAAAAAUGGCCCGAGGUCAGAUAGCCCACACGGUCAGGGUCAACGACGGACAGUGGCACAAACUUCAUUUGCUGUUCAACCCUUCCUUGAUUGAGUUAUCCGUGGACAACAUCGCGAUGAGUAGUCGAAUAGAAAGUAGUGGUACACGGUAUUUGGAUCUUUCGGACACCUUUUACCUCGGUGGAAUUGAAACUGAUAAAAGACAAAGGGCUUUCGCUAAAGGAGUUAAGGCAGCGGACUCGAGUAUUAUGGGCUGCAUCCGACCGAUUGAAGUUGAAGACAAAAUAUUUGGCCUGCCCAACGCGGUCGUGACUUGCGGUGUGACCCCCAAAUGUGUCUGGUGGUAUCCAUGUCACGCCAGUCCUAGUCCACCUUGUGUACCCAAAGCGACAUGCGGGCAACAUGGCGUCGAUCAUUUUACGUGUAAAUGCGACACGGAUUUAUGCAUCAACCCCGACUAUGCUGAAAAGUAUAAGGUAUUUUCAAAGUCGAGCAGCGAAUUAGAGCUCGUCGCACUUUACCCUUUAACUGUACAAGAGGGAGGCGUGGCUGUUAUAACUACUCAAAAUAUAGAUGUGAUUCUUGAUCACCAUAAAUAUGGUGUAAGACCAUCUGGCGUCCUACUUCACGUCGCUCAAAAACCACUACACGGCAGAAUCGCAAUCGACCUGACCUCACAGAGGAAUUCACCGCAAUACACAAAUUACAUCGAGGAUAAAUCUAAGCAAUUUUUCACUCUACUAGAUUUAUCGAGAGAUAAGGUUCGUUACGUGCACGACGGUUCGGAAAACCACCAAGACGCCAUCGUACUUGAAAUGGAACUGAUACCAGAAACGAAAUUCACGUUACCGAGUUAUUUGCAAGGACGUAACACGUUCGUGUUACACGUUAACGUAACGCCCGUAAACGACCCACCCGUUCUUAAUUUACUACCAGGAAAGGUCCUUAGAUUGACACAAUGUUAUGCAGGCACUCGCAAAGUGAUAACUUCAGAAAUUCUGAAGGCCGAAGAUCCUGACACGUCUCCUGUUGACUUAUUGUACACUAUCAUUCACGGCAAAAGUGAAUCCAGCAGUGGACACAUAGAAAUGUCUGGUCAACCAGUUGAUUCUUUCACACAACAAGAUAUAGAUGCAGGCAUUAUUUCAUACGUUCACGGAACUACGAGCGACAAGCAAUUAAACAAGACUUCCUUGCGUCUUACACUACAGGUAUCAGAUGGCAUAGAGACUAGCAGUCCCGGCGUCCUCAGAAUAUCAAUAGUGCCACUACAAGUACGUCUAAUAAAUAACACUGGACUGCAAUUAGUGCAUAAUUCGUACGCGAUUAUAACAGCUGACAAUCUUACAUUUACUACGAACGCAGACGAAACCAACGUUCAAGUUAAAUACGAUAUAGUAAAGCCUCCCCAGUUCGGUGUGGUGGAACGAUUAAGAGUAUUAGACGGAACAUGGCAAACGGUGGAUUCCUUCACUAGUGAAAUGGUGACAUUUGGACGGGUUAGGUAUAUGCAUCUAUUGGGAAAUCCUACGCAUGACGAAUUCAAGUUCAAAGCAUCAGUUGGAACAAUACGAACGAACACACUAUACGACUUUCGAUUAACAUUUAUCAAACUCGAAUUGUAUCAGACGAUUAACGAAGAGUUACUUCUAAAUAACACGAGGGAAGCCUUCAUAUCUUCGCACCACCUAAAAUUCCAUACUAGACCGCUCCCACUAAUUGGGGAUAAAAUAACAUUUACUGUUUUAAAACCACCGAAGUACGGCAUAUUACAUUUAUCAGCUGGUUCUCAUCACCUGCAGAUAUACAGCACUUUUACUCAACAAAACAUAGAUACAGAUCAACUAUGGUACAGGCUUCACAGAAGAGCAUAUUCUCACAUACAGGAUGAGUUUACGUUCAUGGUGAGCGCUGCUGAAUGUGAAAACGUGACAGGUGUUAUGACCAUACGGCAUAUUCCAGGACCCUCCCCCACAGACCAUUCUGGAAGGUUCCGAACCACUCUGGAACGAUUGCAAGUGAUGGAAGGUUCUAGAAUGGCGAUACCCGCCACCCAUCUCAAUUUUAGAACCGACUCUGUAACAAACCUGGUAUUCAAUAUAACACAUCUACCGAAGCACGGAAAAAUUGAGGUUAUUACCGACAACUUCAAGAUUCUCAGAGAUAACACGACGUACUUUACUUUGAAAGAACUGAACGCUGAUAGAGUUUAUUAUACACACGACGAUUCUGAAAGCCGCCACGAUUCCUUCCAUUUUAUGGCACUGAGUCCAGAACCGGAAGACUUCCAAUAUGUUGGUGUAUUUCAUAUUGAUAUAAUACUAAAGAACGAUAACAGCCCAGUUAGAGUAAGCGAAAAUGUCUUUCAUAUAGUACACGGAGGCGCUAGACUUAUCACAGCGAGAGAUCUUAGUUAUACCGACUUGGAUCUCGAUACAAAACCCUCGGAUAUAACAUAUACAGUUCAAAGGUUUACGAAAGACCCGCCUAAUGGUGGCAUCUUCAGAGCUGAUAAUCCUUCUGAGCAAAUCGCUCAAUUCACUCAAGAUGAUAUAAAUAAAAACGUCAUAUUAUUCAAACACCAGGGUAAGGAGAAUGGGAAGUUGGCUUUUUGGGUUUCUGAUGGGUUAUUCGAUGUAAAUGGAAACUUGGAAGUGCAGGCAUCGCCGCCAUUUAUAAGAAUGUUCCCCUCAAAUGGAUCUAUUGUUGAAAACGGCAAAGCUGUUGUUAUUACCACUAGGGAUAUGCAAGUGGAUACAAAUAUGAACUGCUUAGAAGAGGAUAUCCGUUAUGAAAUGAUCCAACAGCCGAAACAUGGAGCCAUCGAAGUCGGUGAGGGUCAGGGAGUUAUAACUUUUACGCAGUUGGACGUGGCAGCCGGCCGAGUGUCGUACAGGCAUAGAGAACCCAAGAUGCCUACAGACGCCUUCAGGUUCAAAGUCAUGUGCUUGGAGGCGUGGGGCGAAGGGAUUUACCCAAUAAAAAUAUAUCCAUCCAGUUAUUGGGAGCCGUUAAAAGUUUUGACAAACAAACCUUUGAUUGUUGAGGAAUCUACUAGCGUUAAUAUAACUCGUGACAUUUUGGAGGUAAUGCACCCGCAAAUCGAACCAUCAAAUAUAGUAUAUAAACUGGUCGAAGGACCUUACUACGGCUGGCUAGAAGUCACAAACACGCCUGGAAGUCUCGAACUAGAAAAUUACGAAGAGCCAGUGCAUUCGACGGUCUUCGACCAAUCCGUCAUUAACGCGAACCGUCUAGUCUACGUACAGUCUGGUGUUAAUCGAACGAGAGACAAAAUUAAGAUGGACGUGACCAACGGAAUCGUGUGGCUAAGAUCCUUGGAAUUAUUAGUUAUAAUUAUUCCGGAACACUUUUAUAUAAUGUCGGCGAAUAUAAGUGUAAUUGAAGGGGAAGCGGUGAGCAUUAAGCAAGAUAUGUUUAGGACAGUAACGGAGUACUAUAGAGGCAAAGUUGUGUCAUACAAAGUUGUCGAGAAACCGAAGUUCGGUAAAAUCAGUUUGGGAGAGCAGGAACUGACCUUGUUGCCGGUUUUGAAGUUGAAUACUGGGGAUAUACAGUACGUAAACGACGGCUCAGAAGAAUCACUUGAUUUAAUGAAGCUUGUGGCAGUCACUGAAAACGGAAAGGAAAGCGAAGUUUUCCGAGUGACGAUUAGCAUAGUUCCUGUGAAUGAUGAAACUCCAAUAGUCGCGGCGAAUACUGGCCUCUGUGUAUGGGAAGGCGGGACGUUCACUUUUACAAGAAAUGAAUUAUACGUCAACGACAUUGAUACACCACUGGAGAACGUUACGAUACGAGUUGUAGAUAUUGUAUCCGGAUUCAUCGCUAUACGUGGUAACCUGGAAACACCCGUUUAUCACUUCACUCAAGCCGACAUAGACAGUCGAAAAGUCAUCUUUGUACAUACGAAUGGUACCAAAGGAAAAAUGAUAUUCAACGUCACAGACGGCCUACACGAAUUAUCGAAAAUAACGUUCCUAAUAACAACCAAGUCCGUUUCACUUAAACUAGCCCGGAAACACACACUACGCGUAUUUCCGCUUAUGAGAGAAGCGCUCAACAACUACCAUUUGAUGGCAAAAUGUUCUGAUGCAUCGCGAAAUAUUAUAUACAAAAUCGAGAGAGCACCAACCUUGGGUCGAUUAAUCAUGUUAAACGGGGACAACCACCACAGAUCAAUAAAACAAUUCACGCAACAGGAUAUAAAUAAUACUCUAGUGUAUUACGAGCAUACGCAUCCGUUCUCCGACUUACAUACAAAUGAUUCUUUCAUAUUCUCCGUCGAAGCGGCGUUAGCUAAUCCGGUGGCCGACCAAAUUUUCAACAUAGACAUCUCCGUGUCAUCCGGUGGUCUUGCGAAGUACGUAAAUAUACCUCAAAUUAAAGUUCAAGAGGGCGGUAACGUCGCAAUAGUUGUUAACGUAACUAACGUCAUUAUGUACUUAGAGAACCAAGCUGGGUUAAGGCAACCACAAGUUGAAGCGCAGUGGUCUCUACCAGCACAUGGUGAAUUAGAACCAUCAUUGUCCUCGCUAACACAAGCGCAACUGGAAAACGGAGUCGUGACCUACACGCAUGACGAUUCAGACACGCUGCGAGACAAAAUCGACAUGACGUUAUACCUGUUACCGGAUUAUGUGAUUCUAUGCAACGUUACAAUACCGAUAUAUGUCCUGCCUUUGAACGAUCAACCCUUCAGAUUAUUGACUGAUUCGCCUCAAAUUCAAGUGGUGCACGGUGAAAACUAUACUAUAACAAAGAACGAUCUGUUAACUGAAGACGCUGAUACCGGUCCAUCGGGAAUCCUAUACGAUAUUAUUAGCGGUCCCACUCAAGGAAGAAUCGUCAUGUUAGAUAAAAACCAAACGAUAGACGAAGCCCAAUCCAUUAACAAGUUCACCCAAGAAGAUAUAAACAAUGGGAAAAUUAUCUACGAACAUUCCGGAAUGUUGCAAACUGCUACCUUCUAUUUCAGAGUGUGGGAUGGUCAGUUCAAGCCUACUUACACAGUAUUCACGAUAGAUAUCAUUCCCGUUAUAUUAAACGCUACAUCGUCCCACCCAAUCUUCUUGCAGCAGGGUUCAAAUGUAGCCACCGUUACCACAGAUCAGAUUUAUAUAGAGACUAACGCUAUGAAAUCUAAAGUCUGGUAUAACAUAACCAGACAGCCAUUACACGGCAUGAUAUAUGUCGGUCGUAAUCCAGUUAACUACUUCUCGCAAAAGGAUCUAAUCGAUAAAGUGGUUAUUUAUAUGCAAAAUGAUAUGACGGUCGCUAAUGAUAGUUUCGAACUAAUCGCGUACGUACACAACAGUAAUGCAACGCCACCGUUUAUCAUAGAUGUGACAGUUCAACCGUUGAUGACGCUAAAUGACGUGAAAGUGGAGAGGGACAAAACGAAAUUGACGAUUAAGAAUUUGGACGCGACGGAACUAGCAAAACUGACAGCUAGUGAUCCCGUAUAUACGUUGAUAGCGAAACCAAAGUACGGUGUUAUAAAGAAGAUUAUUCGUAGUUCCGGGGAAAAGACGAGCGCCAGGGAACGCGAGGUCGCCUAUUUCACGCACGAGGAUGUGAAAGCCGGCGUUAUAUAUUACGUGACUAAGAAGAGAGCGUACGAAUUGAACGGAUUGGAGGAUAGGUUUAGUUUUCUGCUCGCUGCGACUAUAUUCCAGCCGGCGGCGGCGGAUUUGAGGAUGUUUAUCGGGAAUGGACUAAAAAAAGACCUGCCGGGACCGAAUGAUCCUGAGAGCCAUGAGGGAGUGCCGGUCGCUAACCGCGGUUCGGGUUCCUACUAUAUGAUGAUACUUAUGGCGCUUCUAGGGGUACUUCUCGCAAUAAUUGUUAUAUUUGGUAUCCUGAAGUGUCGUCGUUAUUUAAUGAGGGAUCAGAACGCAUUAGUAAAGAUUCAUGGUCAGAGCCAGGGUGCGGUUGCACCUAUACCAUUACCCCGACCCCCCGAUCACUUGAUGCCGUCUCCUACACAAGGGACACCUCCAAUUAAAAGAUAUGUGUCUUCAGACCAAUCAGUUCAUACCGGAGCGAGCACGCCCCUGCCCUCUGGCGGAAGCGUAGCGUGUAAAGUGACGCCACUAGCGGACGCUGUGUUGCCAGAUUUAAACGCCAGGUACCCCUACGGUACUGACGAUCAUACUGAUGCGGAGGAUUGGAGCAGUUACGAGGCCAGCGAGUCAGCAUAUCCAAUCCGAACACCAGGUGUCGCACCAACAAACCCCAUGCUGAGACGUAACCAAUACUGGGUCUGA